GUAAUUUAGGCGUGAAAUUUGUUUACAUGACUUCGAAGUGUCCGAAAGGCUCCGUAGUCCUAGUAUGCAAUCCCGACGGCAGUAAUGUUAAUAUUACGCAUAGAAAAUAAAUACUUCCAAUAUCUUUCCUAUAAGUCGCAAAGUUGACUACCUUUUAUUCAAGGCUCUAUAGACAACUCCAUUUGAGCCACCACCACUUACCUAAUUCUCCAGGGAAUCUGUUCGCCCACCAUUAAGAGCACGAAAAUAUUCGACUGUGAAUAUCUAAGGUGUUAACUAUCGAGGCAUCCAGAUCGUAUCGAAGAUGGAAGUACCCGUACUCGAAAGGAGAAAGAGGAUCGUUGUCGCUAUCACAGGGGCCACAGGUGCAGAAAUCGGGAUCCGACUUCUUCAAUCACUACGCCGACUCAAUGUAGAGACGCAUGUUAUUAUCAGCAAAUGGGCUGGCGAAACCAUCAAAUGGGAAACUGAUUACACAAUAGCGGCUGUAAAGGCACUAGCGGACCAUGCGUACAGUCCGCAUGAUCUCGCAGCCCCGAUUUCGAGCGGCUCUUACCACGUCGAUGGGAUGAUAGUCGCUCCUUGUUCAGUGCGCACACUCGCGGCCAUCAACGCUGGUGUAUGCGACGAUCUCGUUACACGUGCCGCCGAUGUAUGUCUCAAGGAGCGACGUCGUCUCGUCCUCGCCGUUCGCGAGACCCCGUUUAGCGAGAUUCAUCUGCGAAAUAUGCUCGACGUCACGAAGGCAGGGGCCAUUAUUGCACCGCCCGUUGUCGGGUUCUAUACAAAGCCUUCGUCCGUGGAAGACAUCGUUGAUCAGAUGACAGGGAGGUUGUUGGAUCUGUUCGGUCUGGAUGCGAAGAACUUCGUGAGAUGGGAUGGGAUGCAGAAGGAUAAUUAAAGGCGCGGCUUGUUGUUAGGAGGCGAUAUUAUUUGUAUCAAUCCAAGAAUCAAUCUUGAGGAUAGGUGUCAAUGGGUACACGAUGGAACCCAUUGUUGGACCACUACAGCCACCCAGCCACCAGCUUUAACCCCUCACUUGCCGCUCCGUAUCGCCUAUCAAAUCGAAAUUUGCCUCACUAUUUUCUCUUUUCAUUCAUAAGUAUCUCUAAAUGUACCCUAAG